AUGAUCUUUCGUCUCACCUGCUAUCCUCAUCCGCCUCACGAGAUAUCCACUUCCGCCUCAGCUGCUAUCUUCAUCCGCCUCAGCUGCUAUCCACUUACGCCUCACCUUCUAUCCACUUCCGCCUCAGCUGCUAUCCACUUCCGCUUCACCUUCUAUCCACUUCCGUCUCAGCUGCUAUCCACUUCCGCCUCACCUGUUAUCCUCAUCCGCUUCACCUGCUUCCACUUCCGCUUCACCUUCUAUCCACUUCCGCUUCACCUCUAUCCACUUCCGCUUCACCUUCUAUCCACUUCCGCCUCAGCUCUAUCCACUUCCGCUUCACCUUCUAUCCACUUCCGUCUCAGCAUCUAUCUACUUCCGCCUCACCUGCGAUCCUCAUCCGCUUCAACUGCUAUCCACUUCCGCUUCACCUUCUAUCCACUUCCGCCUCACCUUCUAUCCACUUUCGUCUCACCUGCUAUCCACUUCCGCUUCACCUUCUAUCCACUUUCGCCUCACCUGCUAUCCACUUCCGCUUCACCUUCUAUCCACUUCCGUCUCAGCUGCUAUCCACUUCCGCCUCACCUGCUAUCCUUAUCCGCCUCACCUGCUAUCCUGAUCCGCCUCACCUUCUAUCCACUUCCGCCUCAGCUGUAUCCACUUCCGCCUCACCUUCUAUCCACUUCCGCCUCAGCUGUAUCCACUUCCGCCUCACCUUCUAUCCACUUGCGCCUCACCUAUUAG